CCUUGGAGAAAGCAUUGGGUAUCUCUUGAGUGUGCGUGUGUGCGCGCCUCUAUAUAGGAAGAGAGAGCAGAUAAUGAAGAUUCCCUCCCCACUCACUCCUCUCCAUUCGUUGCUCAUAUUCUUCCCCUAUUGCUUCAGUGCCCAAUAUAUACUGCUGCUCCUCCUCCCCGCUGCCGCCGCCGCCGCCGCCGAAUUAACCAAAGAACUCCUCCGUUGCCUGAUUGGUUUAUCAUUCUGUUCUGGUAAUUAUUCCCACAAUUCACUCGUUCCCCAACUCCGAGGAAUAUUAUACGGAGGAAAAAUCUUUAAUGGGUUCCUCCUCCGCCGUCGUCCUCAUCAUUCUGCUCCACAUUUUCCAAAGCAAAGGAGUUGGGGGCGCCACAUUUACAUUUGUAAACAAGUGUUCUCAGACAAUUUGGCCGGCAAUUCUGGGCAGCCCAAGACUGGAGAGCACAGGAUUCGAGCUCCCUAAAGGUGGCUCACGAGCCUUCCAGGCGCCGACCGGCUGGUCUGGGCGCUUCUGGGGCAGGACAGGCUGCACCUUCGAUGGAUCAGGCCACGGAUCCUGCGCUACCGGAGACUGUGGCUCCGGCCAAAUGGAGUGCAACGGUGCCGGCGCCACUGCAGCCACCCUGGCGGAGUUCACGCUCGGGACGGGCUCCAUGGACUUCUACGACGUCAGCCUUGUCGAUGGGUACAACUUGCCGCUCAUGGUUGACGUCAGGGGUGGGUCGGGUCAGUGCGCGUCUACGGGCUGCGUGGAGGACCUGAACCAGAGGUGCCCGGCUGAGCUGAGAACCGAAGGCGGCGGCGCGUGUCGCAGCGCGUGCGACGCAUUCAACACUCCGGAGUACUGUUGCAAGGGCGAGUACGGAUCGCCGUCGACGUGCAAGCCGUCAAUGUACUCGCAGCUGUUUAAGAACGCGUGUCCCAAGUCUUACAGCUACGCCUACGAUGACGCCACCAGCACCUUCACCUGCACCGCCGCUGAUUAUGUCAUCACCUUCUGCCCGUCCCUUCCUAGCCAAAAAUCAUCCAAACCAGAUGAUGCUACCGCAGCUGGCUCCGGAUUCGGGUCUUCAUCCGAACCCGCAUCUGAAUCCGAAUCCGGGCCAGGGUCAGGGUCAGGGUCGGUCCAGGAGGCCAUCUUGGCAGAUGGGUCAUGGUUGGCAGAUUUGGCAACUGGAGACUCAAGUAGAACACAUUCUUUCUUGGCAGUGGCACUGAUGAUUCCAAUUGUACAUCUCGCUGCAGUAGUAGUACCGUGACAUUGACUGGCUUGACCCGGAUUCACUUGAACAAUGUAUGGCUCCAUUUGGAGAAACAACAGGAAAAAAGAGGUGAAAUCAGACAGUCAUGUAUCACAUAGAGAUUACCAAACAAACAUCUUAUCCGGUGGAUCUAAAUGUAAUUUAUACAAAGGGAAUUCUCAAAUAUUUCCAAAUCAAGCUUCUCUACAA